AUGAACCUGGAGUGUAACACAUUCCCGACUCGCAAAAUUGAAAGCAACAUUGAUCAAAUACUCUUCAUCUUGAACUGCAAUGGCAUGACCAGAGAUUUCGAAGAUUUUACGCGAAGGAAUAUUCCAUCUGUCCAUCAUGUACACAAUGUGAUGGAAUACAUGACGAGCAACAAGUUGUAUUCGGAUGAUGAUGAUUUGUUGGCACAUGAUUAUGAUUUGAAAUUGAUCAUGCUCCAACAACAGCAAUCACAAUAUGCAUGGAAUAUCAAUGAUGAUGAAACAACAGCUCGUCAUCAUGGCCGAACAACCACUACUAGUGCCAUCCAGGCUUGUUCAAGCAGCGAUAACAAAUGUAACACACAUACAACGGCAGUCUCUCCAUCAACGUUGACCAGCAACAACAACACGAUCAAUCACUCAAAAGCAGCCAUAACAAACACCUGUUCAGAGGCAAGAUCUUCCAACAGCCACAAGAUAUCAAGAAGAUCAUCGCUGUGCAGCUCUUACGAUUUGCCACAAGAUCCUUUGUCCUCUCCUUCCACGGAUCACCAGGUCAACGUUGAUCGGAACAAUCGAUCUGUCGUUGAUACUACUGUGAUCCCAUCCAGCUCUUACAAAGCGGAUCAUCCCAUCCAUGAAGCACCAAGCACUUGCAAGAAUGCAUUCUCGAGUCAACACACCGCACGUGAUCCAACAACAACGAGCGGUGAUCAUCACCAUUAUUAUAAUAAUAGCCAUCACCAUUACAAUAGCCAUCUAACAACACCUCCAUCAGAAACGUUAUCAAUUCAUAACAUGAGCAACUGUUUGUCAGAAAUAGUAGUAGAUUGCCAUGACAAUCUCGCCUUGCCACCUUCUCCUUCAGCCUUGUCCAACGAUGACCAUAGUGUUAUUCGGAACAAUCAAAACUCUUUACAGCAGAACGAUAAUCAUGAUGGAUCAACCACAACACCAACCCAACAUCACGAUUCAUUAAUUCCAGUACAACCUUACAAGGUCUUUAAAACUUUUGGAACAUGUGAAAGUACUGAUUCAUCUUCCGAAAAUGAAGAGGAACAAGCAAAAAGAAACAAAAAAAAGGAGAGAAAGAGGAAGACCAAACCAACAGCAGUACUCUCUUUAAAUGAAGACUCAGCACAAAAGUAUCAUAGCUUCAAAGAUGCAAGUGUGAUCGUUCUUUCUGAAGUGAACAAGCCUCUCAAUGCUACGGAUUUAACAAAGUUAAUUUUUGAAAAGAAAUUAGUGAAAAGCGCUGGAAAAACACCUGAAAGAACUGUUGCAGCAAUGAUGUAUCAGGAAAUUAAGAAAAAGAAGAAUGCUUCAAUAUUUUCAUUAUUUGGAUCGGGAUUGUUUGGUCUGACUGCUUGGAAAGCCACUAGUAGCACAAACAUUGUAAAUGAAGAUCAAGAUGACAGCUUAUCUACAUACACAUCCUCUUCAUCAAAAUCUUUUGAUGUGACAACAGAGUCGAACCAUGAGACAAGUGAAACUAACAAGUCAUCAAAAAAGAAAAGAAAAAAACACAUUGAAAAGAACUUACAGACAGAGGAAGAGGUUAUUGCUAAACGAAAGCCAAGACGCCUCAUAAAACACUUACCCUUCAAAGUCUUAUCAGGGAUUGCAAGUGACGAAGAAAAUGAGGCAAUCCCAUCAGCUCCAAGAAAGAAAAAGAAAGAUGCACAAGAGUGUAUGAACGAGCAACCUGUUGAUUUAGCCGAGUCUCCAACCAAAGAUCUUUUCUCUGUGUACGUUUCUAGACUUGAAGCAAAAGAGGAAACUAAGGUUCACGAAGACGAAUGUUUUAUCUGCAAGAAUGGUGGAGAGUUAAUUUGUUGUGACUUUAAAUGUUGUACAAAAGUUUACCAUCUUUCAUGUGUUGGCAUUUCAGAAGUGCCUUCAGGUGAUUGGGUUUGCCCGCAACACUUCUGCUCAGAAUGCAACAGCUCAUCUGUUGUGAAGAAGUGUUUCACUUGUCCCUACAGCGUAUGUGACGAGCAUGUUUCUCUGAUGAAAGAUAAGAUUGACUUGGAACGAUUUGUUUGUUCUCAUUGUAAAUCUCUCUGCGAAAAGCAUGGAUUGAUAUCCAACAACAAGCACUAA